AUGUCGCCUACUAAAGGAUCAUCAUGCAAUCGUAAUGACGUUUCAAGCGGUCCGAACGUUUAUGAUGGGGAUAAACCGGCGCUUUGCGGAAAUUCCAAUUGCAAUUGUGGGGAUAGUUGCGCAUGUAAACCAGAUGAAUGCAAGUGUUGA